AUGAAGUCUUACAAUGCAGCAGAUGUUGCAGUUACCUUGUCAUCUUUCAUUUCACCAAAAGAAAAUGAACUGGGCCACAGGGUGUUAUCUUUACCAACUUCAAAAGAGGCCUGCCUGUUGGACCCACCCUCUCCUCUAAGUCUAGCUGAUGUGCCUGAACAUACUUCAAAUGAUUCCUCCACACAUGCCAUUUCCCUUACAUCUUGUGUUACAAAAGGUGUGAGUUAUUUGUCUGUGCCAGAAGAUUCUGACAAAGCCCCAUUCAGGUAUAUGGAGCCCAAAGGCAUUUCAUCGCUGUCUGACGAUUGUUUGAUGCAGCAGAGCAGAACCUGUUUGGGCUGCUUCAUUGAGUCAAAAGAAAGCAUUGACGCAGAGCCUGGAAUAAGCAUGAAAAUAGGUGACAUGAACAAGGAUUGUGACACCUGUUCGGUCUCCGAUAUUGGGAUUCAGUGCAUGAGUACAGGAGAAAGUGCAAGAUAUGGGGAUCAGCUGCUUUCAGACCAACUGUUAAGCUUCACUGUGCACAAAUCUAGGACUACAGACAAAAGAGAUGUGGAGAAAUCUGACAGUGAGUCGGAAGAUAUUACUCAAAAACAUUACUAUGAAGGAUUACUGCUAGACAAAUGCAAUGGAGAAGAAGCUUUAUUGUCGAAUCCUAGCCAGGACUGGGCUUAUUUUGAGUCUUUUAUUAGUGAAAGCAAAAUAGAACUGCUUGACCUCUGCUCGAAAAAUGAGCUUUCAGUCAAUCUUUUUGCAGAGGAGGAAGUGGACAAUUAUAUGUUUGAUGAUGAGUCAACUCUCAGCAGCGAUGUCUGCUCUUUAAAGAUUAGGUACGAAUCCUUUCAAGACAAUGUCAGGGAAAAGACAAACGUGCUUCAGGAAGAAGCGCAAUUAAGCUUUUUCCCCAAUGUCAUCUCGAACUGCACAAAAAAGGAAGGCAAAGCAUCCGUGAAAAUCAAUGCAGAUGCAUCACAAAUCAAAUCUGAUGAGAUUGACAUCUGGGAGGAAGAUGACCAAUCGGAAGAGAGGGCAGGAGCACAAAAAUAUGGUAGCACUGUGGAUGUAAAGCUAUAUACGACUUCUAAAAGAAACCAUUUCUUUGAAACAAAUCAUUCUGUAGAAGACUCAGGAGACUACAGUGAUGACAGCUGUGGAACAGAUUCAUCGUAUGACACUGUCAAAGGCAAUGUGGAUAGCAUUAGGUACCUUUCAAGGCAAAAUGUCAAUUGCUCUGGUCAACUAAAUUAUGCAUUACGUGCCAAGAGGAAAGUACGGUAUAGCGAUGACUACUUGUACGAUGUUGACUCCAUAGAAAGUGAAAAGAUUUCAGGAAAGAAAGAAUGGCCAGUGGAUGGUCCUAAGAAAGAAGAUGAUGAUGAAUGGUGUCCACGAAAGCGCCGAAAGUCAGCUCGGAGAGGGCCGCCAGUUAUUAUUAAAUACAUAAUUAUUAAUAGGUUCAAAGGUCAGAAGGAUAUGCGAGUUAAAGUCAGUAAAAUUGAUGCCACCCAAACAAGUGUCAGUUUGACUGCUGAAGCACUAGGUAGAUAUGAAAAACUUGCACCUUUAAAGGAGUUUUGGUGCCAAAAACAAUCAAAGCAUCUGUUGUCAGCGCCUACUGAAAGAAGGAAGAGGCUGCAUUUAAGUAGCACUGUGUCUAAUGUGUUUCUUUCCCAUCCUGCCAAGAGGAAAAGCAAACAAAUUGCAAACAGGCACAGGGCACGUAGAGUUCGACUUGAACUGGGGCCCAACAAACAGAUUGCAUGUUCUUUUGAUCCGGUUGGAACUCAGAGGCUGACCUGUGCUGAUGGAGAAGAGGUGGAGUUUCUCAAUGCCCAAACUGUUGCAAUAGAAAUCCCGAGCUGUGCGAAUGGAUUGUGUUCCACGAACAUUACAUCAGGGACUGCUACAAUGAGAAGCAAAUCACAAGGAAAGUUUGAUAACAGAAUGAAGGAGAAAGGCAGACUAAAGAGACUGAAAUUAAAAGCAGAAGGCAAACUGAAAAACACCAGCAAAAAGAUCAAGAUGAUAGGAAAUGAUGACAUUGAGACAAUGACAAAUGCAAGCGAGGUGGAUUCAGCUGUAGCACAGCAGAACAGUUCAGGUGUUCUACUGACUAAUGCCAUUCAUUGUGUCCCAGACAACCCCCAUUUAUCUAAAUCUUGCCAAGCAAAGGCUGCUGCUAAGAAUUCUACUUUUUCACCAGCCACCUGCUCUUCUGACAAGCCUGUGCCAUCUGCUAAUACUGCGUCUACUGUGCAAGUAAUCCCUGGGGGGUAUUUACAGACACUGCUGGAUGCAUCCGAUUCCAUAAGCCAUACCGGGCUCUCCUACUUCCCACAUCAUUCUGUCAUUGCUUCCAAGCCUCAGAAUCAUUUCAACCCUUCAACUCUCGCACAAAGUUGUGUCAUGUCCCCUCCCUCUGAAUCCGAACAGCAGCAGUCACCUCUUUACCAGGAGGGAAAACAAAGCUUUGAAAAGUUGUGGCAUGCAAAACAGGAGUACUCAGUCAUUGGCAGAACACCUACCAUCCUGUCGACUAGUAUGGUUGGUGUUGCAUCUCUAUCCCCAGAAAGCACUAAUCUUCCCAGAACCGUUGAUGACAAUUAUCAACAAAUAGAAAUACACAGUGAUGAACUUGUGCUCAGCAAGAAUUAUUCUCAUAACCAGCCACUGCAGUCAAAUACCAGCUAUCAAUCAUGCAUAAUAGAAGACGGUGAUGGCAAUUUUCAGCUCCAUCGAGAUUCAGUAGCUCCAGAUGACACCAGACUCAUCAGUUUUGAUUCAGUGGGUACUUUGUCAGCCAGCACCAAUAAUUUUAGCUCUUUAAGUUUGAAGUCAUGUGAAAAUGAUGGUGAGGAUGAUAUGAGUGAUGACUUUUUGGCCCAUUGUAGCCCCAAACUCGUGAUUCAACAAAGUGUUGAUGAAGUGGCACCAUUAAAGGAAUCUACUGACCUCCUUGAUAUCUCUAACUUUACUCCCGAUCGAUUCAGGCAAGUGACACUGACUGAGAUUUCCCCACCCAUUACGCCUGACCUCUCACCUGAAAUAGUCGGACCGGAGGUCAAAACGUCAGGCAAACCCAAAGACUUUCAGGACCAUGCUCAAACAAUGCUGGGAGACCCAAAUGAAAUGAAAUGGGCUACAGCAUCCCAGGCACACGAUCAAUCAACGGAGACAUUUAUUUUGAAUAAUCAUCAAUUUCAGUUUCAUACCUUUAAUAAUGAAGAUACCAUUGAGAUGACUGAAACCAGCCCAUUUGAGAAACAAGCCGGCAUGCUGAAGUUAAAUAACAGUAAUAGGGGACAAAAAGCGAAGAAGAGAAACACUUCUAGUAAACAUGUGGGCCCAAACCAAAGCUCAGUUCCGAAAGGUGCAAAAAAACCAAGGAAGCCAAAAGCUGCUAAAUCUACCGAGAAAACUCAAAACAAAAGUAAUUCCCGUCAGAACGCUGGCACGUCCAAAAAUUCCAAAAAGUCAAUCAACGCAACACAUGCUAAAAGGAGUGAUCAGAUGCAGCUACCUACAGCUAAUGGCAAGUCACUGGAUGUACUUGUUAACAAAACCAGCAUCUCACCUUGUGUUCAGCUGCUGAAUGAGAGCCUUCCACACCGCAGUCCUGCUGCUGUCCGAGGUAGAAAACAAAACGGGGGAGGUAGUACCUGGCCUUUGAGUAAAAGGGCCAGUGCUGGCUGGUCUGGGCAGACUGUUGCAAACAGUAAUAAUCUGUUAGUUGAUGAUCAGAGAGAGUUUGAAGAGCCCAGCAAUAUACUGUCUAAUAUUGCCUCUGGAAUGGCUGAAGUUCAGCGUUUUAUGAUGGCUUCUAUUGAACCAAUCUGGAACCCUGGGGGACACAAUAUUGCCUCAGGUCCAUGCCAGUCACUUGAGGUAAAUAGCCUGAAGUGGAAAACUUUGAAUAUUUUGGGUGGUACUGUGUCAGAAUCCAAAAAGAAAUUAAAUAGUUCUUUGCCUGCUAAAAAUCGGAGAGCGACAGCCAAGGCCUUAAGUAACAAAAAUCCUGCAAAAUCCACAGUUCCUCAUAUUGCUGCACCAACCGGUCCUAACAAUGAAUUUCAUUUCAGUUCUGGCAUGCGAGGUGGCAUUUUUGACAGAAGCUCUGAUACUUCAAGUAUUCCUGCCAGUAACGGUCCCAUCCAUAAAAAAAUGUACCGUCACAAAGCAACAUUAAAAUUGUCAGGGGAUGAAAAGAGUAAGGUAAAGAGAGCAGAGCGUGAACAGCAGCACAAGAACUCACCUGUGACAGCCUCUCUUGAAAAACUGAGUAAUAUUAUGGCAAGUCCCUUGAAGCACCUGCAGCUCAAUGUGGAUUAUGGCACCUCAAUCAUUACCAAAACACUGACGACUAACAAAUUCAGCACUGGUUCCAGUUUGCCAAAAAUGCUUACCUCAUCUGCUUGGCAACAUGCAAGCUCGCUCUGGGGAGUCUAGAUGGAAUUAACUGGUUUGUGUUCAGUCUGAGCUUUAUCGAAGGUUCAAGCAAGCGAUAUAUUCUCUAUUUGGAACAAGUCAGAGAAAAGCAGGAAGUGCUGUCGAUGUACUGAAUGGAGGCUCCCUUUCCAUUCAAUCUUAUGACAAAGUCACUUUGGACAAUUGGAGACGGCUAAGUCACUAGGAUCCAGGGUGAAACUCAAUGGGUUGCUACACUGAACUCAGCUGCCUGCUGUUCUGGCUAUUAGUUUGCUUAUUGCCUUUCAAACAUCUACCUACUGAGAUUUGAAUGUACAUACAGAGCUUAAAGAAAAUUAGAGGUACCACUGAGCUGCUAGUGUUUCAUGGUGCUAAAAGAGAUGCAUUUCCUAAAUGGAGGAGAGAAAGAAAAUCUCACAGGAAUGUAAAAAUAAAAUGUUUUGAGAUGUAUCAAAUACAAUACUAAAACAAGUUAGUAUUGUUUGCCUUUCUUUAGAACGAGCUUUAUAAAUAU